UUUUUCAUAGUUCUAAUCGAAAUGUCGAUUUCUAAGAAUUCAAAAAUGUUAAACCUGAUAAAUUACCGACUCCGCAUAACUCUUGCGGAUUCGCGCGUAUUAACGGGUCAAAUGCUUGCCUUUGACAAACAUAUGAAUCUUGUUUUGGCAGAUUGUGAAGAAUUCAGAAAGAUUAAACCGAAAAGUGGGUCAAAAGUUCCCCAGGGCCAACCUGAACAAGAAGAAAAACGAACAUUAGGUUUGGUUAUUCUAAGAGGAGAAACCAUUAUUAGUCUGAGUGUGGAAGGUCCACCACCACCAAGUGCCGAUGAUUCGAAAACUAAAUUAGCUCAGUUACCAGGUGGUACUGGAAUAGGUCGACCAGCAGGUAGAGGGUUGCCAGUAGCUCCACCAGGUGUUGCUCCAGCGGGUAUCAAUCUAUCAAUUCUUACAUAUGUAUGAUUUAUAAUUUUAAGUUAUAAUACAUAACUAUUCUUUCUUAAACUUAGGACUAACUGGUCCUGUACGCGGUGUGGGUGGGCCAGCUCCCGGAAUGAUGCAGCCAAGAGGAGGUGCGCCAGCAGCUGCAGCUGCUCCAAUAUCGUAUGGUCGGCCACCAAUUCCAGGACAGAUGCCUCCUGCAAUGCCACCGGGUAUGGCACCUAGACCAGGUAUGCCUCCUGUUAUGGGUGGUAUGCCACCAGCUGG